AUGACAGUCCACGGCUGCUUCAAUGUCAACUUGUUCCGACGGCGGAACACGGCAGCGGCAGCGGCGGCCGACCCGAACCCCGUCCGUGAUGCCAAGACGCCGAGUGCUGAACCCCGCGACGUGGAGGCCUACUAUCCAUGCGCCUGGAGUAGUCGGUCAACGAAGGCGGUGGACCAGCCCCCGCCAUACUCUGGCGCCAGUGGACUGCCGAAGGAGAUUGGCGAGACGAUCAAGGCCACGGUGCUCGAGUAUUCUGACAAGCUCACCGAGAUCUCGCGCUGGAUCUGGCAACACCCUGAGCUUGGCUACGCCGAGGUGGGUGCGCACAAGCGCCUGACCGACCUUCUUGAGAGUGAGGGCUUCGAGGUUGAGCGCGGAUACAAGGACCUCCCCACCGCUUUCCGUGCCGUGUACAAACACGGCUCAGGAGGGCGCACGUUUGCGUUCUGUAGCGAAUACGACGCUCUUCCAGGUAUCGGACACGCGUGCGGACACAACCUGAUUGCGGUCGCAGGCGUUGCUGGCCUUCUGGGUAUGCGCGCGGCGAUGAGAAAGUACGGGAUGGACGGCACCGCUGUGCUGAUUGGCACGCCGGCCGAGGAGGGCGGGAUGGGCAAGGCUGUCCUUCUCGACCGCGGAGGAUUCCUGGGCAUCGACGCAUGCAUGAUGGUCCACCCUGUUGGUGACUAUGCAGGUGUCGCGCCCGGCACCGCAUGUGUGAUACCCACCCUGGCCGUGGUGGAGCUCGGCAUCGAGUUCUUCGGGCGACCGGCACACGCAGGCGUCGCUCCCUGGGAAGGCGUGAAUGCGCUCGACGCCGUACACCUCGCUUACGGCUCCAUCUCUGCUCUCAGACAACAGUUGCACCCCACCGACAAAGUGCACGGUAUUAUCACACAUGGCGGCAAGGCGCCCAACAUUAUCCCAGACUAUGCUGCCAUGAAGUACUUUAUCCGCGCCAAGACGGCCAACGACGUCGAGGCGCUCGUCGCCAAGGUCCAAGCAUGCUUUGACGGCGCUGCCACCGCGACCGAGUGCAAGGUCAAGUACGACGUGGCGCCCAUGACGUACGAUCUGCGUAACAACGGGCCAUUCUGCGACGAGUUUGCCGCCGCCGUGUCGGCGUUAUGGAACCGGCGCACAUGGAUCGCGCUCGACAAUUGGGACAACGCAGGCGGGUCCACCGACUUUGGUAAUGUGUGCUACGCGAUGCCAGCGUGUCACCCCCAAUUCGGCAUCCCUGCCGAACCAGGCCGCGGGAACCACACGCCCCAGUUCACGGAGAAAUGCGGCACGGCCAAGGCGCACGAGUACACGUUCGAGUUUGCCGCUGGCAUGUGCGCUGUGGGCGCACAGUUCCUCGCCAACAAGGACUUUGCCGACAAAGCGAUCAAAUGGUGGAAGGAGGAUAUGAAGGGUGCGGCGGUGUAA